UGCGCAAACUUCGCUCCUGCACUCAGCCACGUUGAAACCCGAGCCCACGCAGAGGAACGGCUCCUGAAGAAACUCUUCUCUGGAUACAACAAGUGGUCCCGGCCAGUAGCCAAUAUUUCAGAUGUGGUCAUUGUGCGUUUUGGAUUGUCCAUCGCGCAGCUCAUAGAUGUGGAUGAAAAGAACCAAAUGAUGACUACGAACGUGUGGGUGAAACAAGAGUGGCAUGAUUAUAAACUACGCUGGGAUCCCGAGGAAUAUGAGAACGUUACGUCCAUACGAAUUCCUUCCGAGCUCAUUUGGAGGCCGGACAUUGUUCUUUACAACAAUGCAGAUGGAGAUUUCGCAGUCACCCACCUCACCAAAGCCCACCUCUUCUACGACGGCCGGAUCAAGUGGAUGCCCCCCGCUAUCUACAAAAGCUCCUGCAGCAUCGACGUCACCUUCUUCCCCUUCGACCAGCAAAACUGCACCAUGAAGUUUGGCUCAUGGACCUACGACAAGGCCAAGAUUGACUUGGAGAGCAUGCACCGCCACGUGGACCAGCUGGACUACUGGGAGAGCGGCGAAUGGGUGAUCAUCAAUGCAGUGGGCAACUACAACAUCAAGAAGUACGAGUGCUGCUCGGAGAUCUACCCUGACAUCACCUAUUCCUUUAUCAUCAGGCGCCUCCCACUCUUCUAUACCAUCAACUUGAUAAUUCCUUGUCUUCUGAUUUCUUGCCUGACUGUCUUAGUCUUCUAUUUGCCUUCGGAGUGCGGGGAGAAGAUCACUCUUUGCAUCUCGGUCCUGCUCUCGUUAACUGUGUUCCUUCUCCUGAUCACGGAGAUUAUCCCUUCCACCUCCCUGGUCAUCCCCUUGAUCGGCGAGUACUUGCUCUUCACCAUGAUCUUCGUCACCUUGUCCAUCAUCAUCACCGUCUUCGUACUCAACGUUCACCACCGUUCUCCUCGGACCCACACGAUGCCGGAUUGGGUGAGGAAGGUCUUUCUGGAUGUCGUCCCACGCCUCCUCUUCAUGAAACGCCCUUCGACAGUGAAGGACAGCUGCAAGAAGCUCAUCGAGUCCAUGCACAAAAUGACGGCCAACUCGUCGCGGUUUUGGUCCGAGACGGAAGUGGAACCUAACUUCACUACCUCGUCUUCAAACAGCCCACAGAGCAACGAGCAGUCCCCCACCUCCUCUUUUUGCGCCCACCUCGACGAACCAGCAAAGCCGCAGCCGGUGUGCAAGUCACCGUCGGACCAAUAUUCCAUAUUGCGCACAGAGCCUAUUCGGGCAAGCUCUACGUCACUACAACCUCCCUGUCACCCACUGGAAGAGUCCCCCCAGUCUGGUCCGAUCUCCAAGGGCAGGUCCCUCAGUGUCCAGCAGAUGUACAGUAGCCCAGGGAAAGCAGAGGAGGGAUCCAUCCGUUGCCGAUCCAGGAGUAUCCAAUAUUGCUACUUGCAAGAGGAGUCAUCCCAGACCAACGGGCAAUCCAGUGGGUCCCCGGCAUCUCAGCGGUGCCGCCUCAACGAGGACCAGGCCAAAAUCAAACCCACUCACUGCAAAUGCAAGUGCAAAAAAACCGAGUCGGCCAGCACCUCAGGGCAUGGGAGCAAGAGUCUUGGCCCAAAGGAUCAGCAGCUGUUGUUGAUGUCCCCUGCCUUGAAAUUAGCAGUGGAAGGCGUCCAUUACAUUGCAGACCACCUGAGAGCAGAAGAUGCAGAUUUUUCAGUGAAAGAGGACUGGAAAUACGUCGCCAUGGUCAUCGACAGAAUCUUCCUCUGGAUGUUCAUCAUUGUCUGCUUGUUGGGAACUGUGGGGCUCUUCCUCCCCCCGUGGCUGGCAGGGAUGAUUUAAGAACAGA